CAUUUCAAUUAGCUGUUGUGCUUUCUGAAAAUGCAUGCAACUUAUGUGAUUUCAAAAUUAUAGAAGACGGCAUAAAGAGUGUUACAAGAAAGAAAUUGAAACAAACAGGUAGAAAAGAAUGGCUCAACAUAUUGCACAUGAUUUGAACAAGAUAUCACGAACGAAAGAUGUAAAGAUACAAGAAGAUGUUACAUUUUAAAUGGGUCUUCACGAAGAUAUUUUGGUUGGAUUAACAGCUGCUGGCUUUCAGCGACCAUCUCCCAUUCAGUUGAAAGCUAUUCCACUAGGCCGUUGUGGAUUUGAUUUGAUAGUACGUGCAAAAUCAGGAACUGGAAAAACUAUAGUAUUUGGGGUAAUUGCUCUUGAAACAUUAGAUAUUGAAAUAUUAUCUCCACAAGUUUUAAUAAUAGCACCUACCAGGGAGAUUUCUAUUCAAAUAUCUCAGGUUCUUCAAACAAUAGGUUCAAAAAUAAAAGGAUUAAAGGUUCAAUAUUUUGUGGGUGGCAUAUCGAUAGAAGAAGAUAAGAAAAAGCUAAUCAAAUGCCAUAUAGCUGUUGGUGCUCCAGGCAGAAUUAGGCACUUAAUUGAAAAGGGAUUUCUUAAAGUGUCAAAAAUCAGAUUAUUUGUACUUGAUGAAGCAGACAAAUUAAUGGAAAUUAAUUUUCAAACAGAUAUCAAUUACAUAUUUUCUAAACUACCAUACAAAAAGCAAGUUGUAGCCUCGAGUGCUACUUAUCCUGAAGAUUUAGAAACAUUUUUACAAACAUACAUGUCUUCUUCAGUGUUAACAUCGCCAGAUCUUGAUGCAGCAAUUUUGAUUGGUGUCAAACAAUUUGUGGCCGUGGUUCCUGCACAUCUCAAUGCUAUGAAACAGGUACAAAUAAAAGUGGAUGAGCUAGUGAAAAUUUUUACAAAGAUUUCAUUUAAGCAAAGUAUAGUCUUUAUGAAUUAUCAAUCACGAACUCAAUCAGUAAGCAAUAAAAUUAAUUCUAAGGGUUUCUCAUCCUUAUAUAUUAUUGGAAAUCAAGAAAUGGCUAAAAGAUUGGAGACAAUUGAAAAGUUAAGAAACUGUGAAUGUAGAAUUAUGUUGUCCACGGAUUUAACUGCAAGGGGUAUAGAUGUAGAAAAUAUUAACAUGGUUAUAAAUUUUGAUGUACCGAAGAAUCCGGCGACGUAUUUACAUAGGAUUGGCAGAGCUGGUCGUUAUGGAUCUCGAGGAAUUGCUAUCACUAUUAUUUCUGAAAACGAACUUCCGUCAUUUAGAGAAUUGUUAACUUCAGUUGGUGGAUCAAACUUCUAUCUGCUUAAACUCAAUUCUAAUUAUGCAGAAGAUGUUUGGGCUGACGAUAUUACAAAGUUUGAGAAAGUUUAUGCAAAGUCUGAGACAAGCAAUGUAAACAUUGAUCGAACAUUUUUAAAAUCUGAAAAUGGCAUACCUAUAAUGAUAUCUACAUCAGCGAGCUUAUUAGCUUCAUCAGUCAAUGAUACAUUGUCAGAAAAUAAUAUUACAAGUACUUCUACUGAUAAACAAAAUAAAAAAUGUGAAAGUAUCUCAUCCAUGGAUGCAGCAGUCAGUGAUAAGUCAUCAUUAGAAAAUAAUGUUGCAAAUAUUAUUCUGAAAAGUGAGGAAUGUAAAAAUGGCUCAUCAGAGUGUGACACUACACUCAAUGAUACAUCAUCACCAGAGAAUAAUAUUGCAAAUAUUAGUAGAAAACAUGAAAAAUCUAAUACCAAUAUUUCACCAAAAAACAAGAAACAUGAAGUUGCAUCUAAUAAUUUAAAUAUGAAGUCAAGAAGAAUUCAUUUAAUUAAAGAGAAAAUAAAAAUUAGUUCAUUAUUUGAACAUUAUAUUCAAGAAAGAAUUCAAGGAAGAAACAAACUCCAGCAGUCUGAAAAGCAAAAAGAGAUGUCAGUUGCAAAAUUUAAUGGAGUUGAAAUUCCAGAAGAGCAUAAAGAUUUAUCAAAUGGAGACUUAUCUAGAUCAAAGAAUGUACAUAAGUUCAAAAUAACUCUUGAUUCAGAUAAUCCUUCCCUUAUGGAAAAAUUAAAUGAAAAUGUCGUAUUUGAAAUAGAUGUAUCAAAUAUAGAGAAUUAUAAACAAGGAAGUGUUGACAUUGAAAAUAUUAUCCAAUAUAUGAAGGCUCCAGCAACCAAUGAAAAAGAAGAAGAAAAUGAUGUGAAUGAAAAAGAAGAAAAUAAAAUGGUUAAUAACGAAAAAUUAUUUACAAAUCUUUCUCAGGAUACAUGUUCUAUGGAAGAUUCUACUUUAAUCCACAAUUUGCAAUUAUCUAUAAGCGAAUUGGAUAUUAGCGAAGAUAAUCAAAUGGAAAAAUUAAAUGAUUAUUUAUUAAUAUAUUUUAAAGAAAUUAAUGACAGUAAUAGUUGUACAAAUGAUGAAGAAUCUUUUUUGAAAAUAGCUUCCAAUUGGAAAAAAUUACUUGAUCUCGAAAUUAGUUCAUUACAUAAUAUAUAUGAAGAUAUGACGGAUUCUGUUCAUAAGUUAGUAUACGAAGAACAUUAUUCUGCUUUAAAAACUUUCCUUAAUAUACAGAAACGGGCUUUCUUAUGUGUCUUUCCACAAUUACGUAAUGAGAAAGAAAUAGACGAUACUUAUAUAUAUUCGACAAAUAAUCCAAAUAAUUUAUUAGCUAUGUAUAAAGAAAUAGAAGAAUUUAGAAGUCGCUUCUGCACAGUAAAAACUAAAUUUGAUGUAUAUUUUCCUUAUCCUAUAAAUAGUGAUGAAUAUAUGCCAAAUUUAAUGAUGUCAAAUUUCGAGAUUGAAGAAUAUCGCAAGGCAUUACAGUAUUUUAAUACACAUGAUAAUCCCAAUAAAAAAAUAUUAGAAAUAAUAGAUUACAUAGCAUUUUUGAGUGAAACUGAAAAGUGUGAUUUGAUAAAGAAAAUAAAAGAUCAAAAUUUAUCAUUUUUGGAUAUGAAGACAUUUCUCAUUGAGGAAGCAGCAAAAAGAGAUUUAGAAAAUGAUAAAUUGAAGAACCAUUUACAAUUGUCUAAAAAGUCGGAUUCUUUGGAAAGAAAUGGUAUGUUAAUGGAACAUGAACAAUUUGAAAAGCAGGUUUCUUCAGAAAAAAAUGACUUGACAGAGUGCGUAGAAGUGCCUCAGAAGUCAGUUUCUUUAGAAAAUCAAGAUAAUACAAUGCAACAUCAGAAAACUGCUGAAGUAGAUUCUCCAAAAAUACAUAUAAUAAAUAAGAAUAAUUCAAAAAGAUUAGAAGAGAUACAAGAAGUUAAGUCUAAUAAAGAUAUAACUGUCAAUCAAACUAAGCACGAAAUACAAGAUAAAAAAUAUACUAAUACAAUUUCUAAUGGAAAUGAAGAAACUCUUGCAAGAAGAAAAGAAUCAGAAGAAAAGAAUGAAGAUUUUAAAGAUGAUAAGGAACUGUUGCCUCAAGCAGAUAAGUCAACGAAUGAAGAUGAUAAUCAAUAUAUGUGUAGUACUUCAAGCAGCUCAGCUGUAUCAUUCGAUGAAAAUAUUGAACAGUCAAGUAGUAAAUUUAUAUUCAACAAACAACAGGAAAUGGCAUUCAGUAGUAGUCAUAGACAAACCAGUGAAAAGGAUACUACGUGUAGCAAGGAAGUUCAGAAUUUUCAAACUAGAUAUGUACCUCCACAAACAAAUAAUGUCCUCUAUAAUAAUACGAAUAAUUCAUAUAGCAAACUUAGUAAACAUUUAAAGUUUCGUAAAAAUAAUCCAAAGAAUGUAGGUAAUUCAGCUACUGCUUGUAUAAGACAUACAACUGUGAACACAAGAGGAACUUCUCAAUAUUCACAGAAUUAUAGGCCAAAUGAUAAUUUAACAAAUGAUGUUUACUCGCAUGAAAUGGAUAUUGAGAGUUUUCUAUUAUCAUUGCGAAAGCAAACCGAUCAGUUGCAUUUACAGAUUUAUAAGUCACAAAUGCUCGAGAAUUGGAUUUCAUAUGAUCAAUAAUUAUAGGCAGUAUUAAUUAAAUAAAAAAAUAUGAUAAGGAAUUCUGUGAGUUUGUGGAAACAAAAAAUAUCAACACCAUGGGGAAAAUUUUUGUUAGGUAAUCUUUUCUCAUGAAUGUAUUUAUGAUCAAGUUGCAACGGCAAAGAAUGACAUGUGAAUCGAUCGAAAGGUCACGCAUCGCUGAUACUUUAUACGCAUCAUGUGAAAUGUAAACUGUGUGUCGGAGGUAACCUUUUCUUCUAUUCGAUUUGCGACGCUACCUAAUGAUUAUGCAAUUGGAUUGAUCUUUUGCGAUCGAGUCGUGUAUAGUCUUAUCGACCGAAUAUAUGUCAGUCAGCUAGCAAUAAGGAUAAUUUAACACGUUAUUUUUCUAAGAAUUGAUAGUAAUAUUUGUUAACAUGCAUGUAAAUAUAUGUGUGCGAUACAUA